AUGGGACUCACAGUGGAUAUACUCGUCACAUAUGGCGUGUCCUCGGCGGGUAUCGACAUCCUGAGGUCCCUUGGUUUGGUGACAGUUUCCGAUCUAGCUACUUUAGACACUGAUUCCUUGGCUCAACAAGGGUUUAAUAGAAAGGAUGUGGAUACUCUAACUCGACUAGCGGUUGAGGUUGGGCAAGAGAGUAUUAAUGAGAGAUUUGAAGAAAUUCAGGAGGAACUGAGGAAAGUUUAUGAUCUCGGAGAAGAUCAUCUCCUACCGAUUAAAAAUACCUUUAUCAAUUUCCCACCGUCACAACUGCCCUCGUCUAAGAAAACUCCCCAGAGUUGCCCAGUUGACAUGUCCAUGACUCUUCCGAAUUCGCUUCAUACUACUGUUGGUAAGGAGAGUAAUUUGAGCCCAGUGGCAUCGUCUCACAGUCAAGAGAGGUCGGGGCUUUUAAAUUUGGAUUUACCUUUGUAUCCUAGCAUAGGGUCGAGGUUGCAUGCUUCGGGAAUGUGCAAACCUUGUGCAUGGUAUUAUCAUGCUUGUGGGUGUCGCCACGGUGCACAAUGCGAGUUCUGUCAUUUGUGUCCUCCUGGUGAACUAAAGCGUCGUAAGAAGGAGAAGUUACAGAUUAUAAGAUUGCUGAAGCAAACUGAAUUGCAUCAAGACGGAGCACAAGAGGAUCUGCACACUGGGGAUCAAUAUGGAGCGAUGGGUAUGUACAACACAAAUGCAUCGACGAGCGAGGAAAGUCAUCAUAUGAAGUCUAACGACUCAGCAUCUCGUCGUCAUCAUAAUCAUAAUCACAAUCGAUAUACUCCCACUGAUGGAAGUAUUGAGGAAUUUUCUCAAAAUCUGGUGAGCACGGCAUUCUAUGGUAGAGGGUGUCCUCCUGGUGAACUAAAGCGUCGUAAGAAGGAGAAGUUACAGAUUAUAAGAUUGCUGAAGCAAACUGAAUUGCAUCAAGACGGAGCACAAGAGGAUCUGCACACUGGGGAUCAAUAUGGAGCGAUGGGUAUGUACAACACAAAUGCAUCGACGAGCGAGGAAAGUCAUCAUAUGAAGUCUAACGACUCAGCAUCUCGUCGUCAUCAUAAUCAUAAUCACAAUCGAUAUACUCCCACUGAUGGAAGUAUUGAGGAAUUUUCUCAAAAUCUGGUACUAUGGGAGGACAAGCCUGUAGUAGGGCAUAUCUUGGGGUGGUAUGAUGCCUCUGGCAUAGCUGCCCCACGUGGCAAAGUUAGUCUUAAUAAGACGCAUCUUGGUGUGGCAUAG